UCAGUAGUCAACUCUCAACUACUAUAACAGAUCCUAUCCAUCGAGAUUCGAGAGAGCAAAAUAUCAGUCGAUUGGUUUCCAGAAGAUACUGCAUAUAUGGACCACACUUUGCAAUUUAAUUAGGGUUCUUGUUGUUUUUAAUUAUACAUUAAGGCCGCGCGGCAUAUAACUAAACUAAUAACGUCAAUGAAAGACUUUUGUAAAACUAAUUUAGUUAGAGAUCUGCUAGCUAGUAAACGGUAUAUGACUCACAAUUGAACAUCUCCCAACAACUCGAGUUAUUGGGAUCAUCAACUGGUUCAUGACAUGGCAUCAUCAGAGACUUCUGUAGUCACGUGAGGUGUGUCCUGUUUGAAUCCCUAUCGAUCACCCCGUCUAUUUCUGUUGAGCACAUGAUGUUCGGAACUGGUGAUCACGACGGGUUGGUUUCUUUCUCUCUCUUCUCAGUUCUCGUUGCCCGUUUUUUCAUGCAGGCGUGAGGGAUUAACAAGGCAAGCAAGUGGACUGUGGGUCAAGAUUGGACAGGAACUUGGGUUCUACGAUGAUGACGACAAUUGAUACAUUAUUGUAUUUAGGAUUGUGUAGCAAUUGCCCGUUGGCGAUUCUGCAGUAGUAUGGUAUUCUGGUGCAGCCUUCCCCACCAUACCCUUACCCGUCGCCGUCGCCGUCGCCGGUCCCUAGCUACCGACGACAAAUAGACCAGCCCCACACAUGUGGUUUGGCCCUUACUUAUUUCAACUCAACUUUCACCAGAAAAACAAAUGCUCGAUACAAAACGUGAACUAGUUUACAAAAAUCUUCGUUGACGUUAUAUUUGUAUAAAAUUAAAUACUGUGUCCAAUAUUUGAGAAAAGGAUCAUAUAUAUUACGAUACACCUGAAAACGAGUAAUUUCUGUACGUACUUUAUGGUGAGAGUUAAAAUCAAGUUCCUUUCAGUUCAAAUUAACAAAAUAUUAUGGUUUCACACCUUGAGGUCUACAAUAAAAAAUAACAGGGGAUAAAAACAACUUAUUAUAAUGUUAAACACAUGUUAUAAAAGAGUUAGGCCAUCCAAAAUGAAAAAAGGUUUAACCGAAAAUAACAGAAAAAUUCUUCGACCCUUUUUUCUUUGGAACGAACGAAUCACAUGCUGAUGUUCAUGCACAGUGGCCAAACCAAACCAUAGUGAUCUCAACUCAAUCUUUGAUUUAAAAUUAUAGUGUGUAUAUAAAUAAAAAAUAAAAAAUUAUAGGAUGUUCUUCCUUCCAAAUUAAAUCUGGAUAGUAAAAAUUUGUUACAAACUUGUUAUUUUCAAUUCGUUAUUGUGCCAAUAGUUGAUAAAUAUUUCGUUUAAUAUGCAUAUAUAUAUAUAUAUAUAUAUAUAUAUAAACAUACAUAUUUUAUGAGUUUAAAAUUUUUAUUUUUGUAUUAUUGUCAAAGUGUUUCAUUUUAUGUCGUCCAUUUAAUGGCUAAACACAUAUAACACGUUUAAUAUUCGUAUUUAGCUAAUUCAAUUAAUAAUUUAAAUACUAUUUACAUACUAUUAAACAUGUCCAAUAUCGUUUAAACACUAUUGACGUACUAUUAAACCUACACAUCGUCCUCAAUACCAAGCGUCCGAGUGUCUGUGGAGUGUGGAGUCAUGGGGCCCAUCAGCUAAGAUUAAUAUCUUCCCUCCUCCUCCAGCUAAUAUCCAUUUUUUAAACCCGCACACAUCUGUCUUCUUGUCCCUAUAAAAUCCCCCCAAGGCCACACUCUCUCAACUCCCUAGCCUUCAACCAGCAAUCCAAACACACACAAACGGGGAAAAACCAUGGUGGCCGCCGGCGACAUGAAGAGCCUCACCGUCCACAUCGUCACCGGACGGUGGUUCAUGGUCUUCGCCUGCUUCCUCAUCAUGUCCGCCGCCGGUGCCACCUACAUGUUCGGCCUCUACUCCGCCGACAUCAAAUCCUCCCUCGGCUACGACCAGACCACCCUCAACCUCCUCAGCUUCUUCAAGGACCUCGGCGGCAACGUCGGCGUCCUCUCCGGCCUCAUCAACGAGGUCACCCCUCCCUGGGUCGUCCUCUCCAUGGGCGCCGUCCUCAACUUCUUCGGCUACUUCAUGAUCUGGCUCGCCGUCACCGGCAAGCUCACCAACGUCAAGGUGUGGCAAAUGUGCCUCUACAUCUGCAUCGGCGCGAACUCCCAGUCGUUCGCCAACACCGGGGCGCUGGUCACGUGCGUCAAGAACUUCCCGGAGAGCCGCGGCGUCGUUUUGGGGAUUUUAAAAGGCUACGUGGGCCUCAGCGGCGCGAUCAUCACCCAGCUCUACCACGGCGUCUACGGCGACGACUCCAAAUCCCUAAUCCUCCUCAUCGCCUGGCUCCCCGCCGCCAUCUCCUUCGCCUUCCUCCGCACGAUCCGGAUCAUGAAGGUGGUCCGGCACCCGAACGAGAUGAAGGUCUUCUACAACUUCCUCUACAUCUCCCUCGGCCUCGCCGGAUUCCUCAUGGCGAUCAUCGUCCUCGAGAAGCAGUACCGCUUCAAUCGGACCGAGUACGGCGGCAGCGCCGCCAUGGUCCUCGUCCUCCUCUUCCUCCCGCUCGCCGUCUCCGUCGCCGAGGAGUACAAGAUCUGGAAGGACAAAACCGUCAUUCCCAGAUCCAAUUCCCCCUCGCCCGACCCGAAACCCGCACCCGACCCGGUCAAAACCGUUUCCUCCUCUGUUUCCGACGACGGAGGAGAGGAAAAAUCGCCGUCGUGCUGGAGGACGGUGUUCCGGCCGCCGAACAGGGGCGACGACUUCACGAUCCUCCAGGCGCUGUUCAGCCUCGACAUGCUGAUCCUGUUCAUCGCGACGAUCUGCGGCGUCGGCGGGACGCUGACGGCGAUCGACAAUCUGGGCCAGAUCGGGACGUCGCUCGGGUACCCGAAGAAAUCCAUCAGCACGUUCGUCUCGCUGGUGAGCAUAUGGAACUACCUGGGUCGGGUCGGGUCGGGUUUCCUCUCGGAGAUUGUCCUCACCCGGUACAAGUUCCCCCGGCCCUUGAUGUUCACGAUGAUUCUGCUCUUCUCCUGCGUCGGCCACCUCCUGAUCGCGUUCAACGUCCCCGGCGGGCUGUACGCGGCGUCGAUCGUGAUCGGGUUCUGCUUCGGAGCCCAAUGGCCGCUCCUUUUCGCGAUCAUAUCGGAGAUCUUCGGGCUCAAGUACUACUCCACGCUCUACAACUUCGGGUCGGUCGCCAGCCCGAUCGGGUCGUACCUGCUCAACGUCCGGGUCACGGGGCAUUUGUACGACGAGGAGGCGAGGAAGCAGCUGGCGGCGAUGGGUCGGGUCAGGCAACCGGGUCAGGACCUGAACUGCGUCGGGACCCGGUGUUUUAAGCUGGCGUUUGUUAUAAUCACGGCGGCGACUCUGUUCGGGACGUUUGUGUCGUUGAUUUUGGUGAUCCGGACGAGGGAGUUUUACCGGGGCGAUAUUUACAAGCGGUUCCGGGAGGAGGCGGCUGCGGUGGAGGAGCGGGAAAUGCCGGUGGCGGGAGGAAAUGGGAAGUGUACGACGGAGACGUGUACGACGACGGAGGAAGUGGACGGGAAAGUGAAAGAUAAACAGAACGACUAAUUGUUAAAGAAACGGAUACAUGAUGCUUGAUGCAGUUUUUUUUUUUUUUUAAUUAGAUACAGAUUGACGUCGGAGUGAUCGAAGAAAAAGGAGAAGAAUUGUGGGAAGUUGUCAAACUCCAUAGAGAUUGUCUCGUUUUCUCUAUGGUGAUUGAUUUUCAUGUGUAUAUCCAUGGUGACGAUGACGAUCUUCCCUAAAACGUGUAUUGUAGUUGCAACCACUCCUUAUUUUAUUUUCCCCCCAAAUGUAUGGAGAAAUUUCCAACUUGAAGUUGGUGUGACGGUUAGGAUGUUGUUUAGUUGUAUAAUAAUAAUGGGGAGUGGAUCUCUUCGACAACCAGUUUAACCUAAUUUAAUUUAAUGAACUGUAUUUCUUUCUCGUUAUAAGUCAUACUUUGAAUUUUGACGUACGGAAAAAUAAAAUUGAAUCGUGUGUAUAAUGAGAUAGAAGUCUGGGAAUACUCGCUGGGUGAUUUUAGCGAUUUGAGAUUAGCCAGAAUUAAGUAUGUGUCCAUCGGAUGGCGGUUUUAUGGUGAUAAAUCGUUGAUUUGACUCACGGGCUACGAGUUAUGACAUAUUGUGUGUAUCGGAUUAAUCCACGUACGAGUUAUUCGUUAUCGGUAUUUGAGAGUGAUCAAUUAAAAUGAUUGAUUAGUGGGUGUUUACAGAAAUCAAAUUAAAUGAGAGAUAUCCCAGUAUUACUGAAAUUUAACUAAUUUUUAGAGUUUAAUCUUAUUGGAUUGUAUUUGUCUCGUCCCUCGGGGUGAAGCUGUCAAUGUUUUGGCGUACAGUUUGGAGUUUGGACGUAUUACUAUGUGUACACGCAAGUGGGAUAUGCACAUUUAUUUAAAACUAUUGUAGUCAAUUGCGACCGCAAACUGUGAUUGAUGACAAUUGAAUCAUUUAAGACUUUGUUUGGUGGUGGUCACUCUCCUCAGCCACUGUUCCCCAGAAAUUGUCCUGAGGAUAUUGAUCUUUGACCUUAACAUAUCAAAUUCAUGUGAGAACGAAGGGGCAUUGGCAUCACUAACAUAUAUACCGACAGAAAUAUUUGUUUGGAUUCCCGGAAAAUAUGAUCCAAAUGAGUCGCUUGUUAUUAUUAUUAUUAUAGAAAUUGUGAAGUUUAAAUGGCACAACACACAAAUCUCUAUUUAUUAUUGAAUUUGGAAGUCUCCGUCUCAAAUUUGAUUAAAAUCAAAAUAGUAUUCGAGUUGGCUAUAGGGGUAAAAAUAUUUUUUGAAAAAUAUAACGAGUGUCUGAUCAAGACAAUGUAAUCUAUAUUUUUUUAAAACAUAAGGAGUGUCUGGACAAAACAAAGUAAUCAACAGUAAAAUUAACUUUAUACGAUAAAUAUCUUCCAAUCAGAACUGUCAAUCUGCCGCCAAGAGUUGGCGGGUCUCUAGUAGUAGUGAGUAGUGUGGGUGGGUAGUCGACUAGUCGUGACCCUCGCUAUAAGGAUGAUAGCAGUAUGUGAGAAUUUAUUGGCGAAAUAAUUUAUAUGAUUUUCAUGUUGUUGCUUAUUUUCUUUCUAUGUUGCUUAUGCUACAACAAUGGUCCAAUGGACGAUUUGGUGUCCUAACAUAUGAUCCUUUUGUUUGUAAUUUAUGUGGGGAUGCGCAAUUGGUGAUUCGAUGAGUAAUUCGAAGGAGGUGGCCGGUGAUGUUAGCAGAGGAGCUCUGUUGGAGGAUGUUGUUCCCUCUUUUGAUACGUUCUUGUAUUCUUUUAUGCCUCGUUGAUUUAACAAGACUAUCUAUGUAGUGGUAGUAAAUAUACUCUCACAUCAAUAUUUUUCAUUACUUAUCAACUACCGCAUUUGGUUACUGAAUUAAGGCUUUAUGAUUUU